AUGUCCACCACCACUACCACCGCGGCAUCUGCCACCUCCAGCUGCCAGGCCAAGCUGUACGAUAUUCCUGUGCACGACUCCGCAUGCGCGAUGCCCAUGCAUGGCAACUACUCGGCGGUCAUGAGCAGCUGCUGUGGCGAGGCAUCUGUUGUCGAGUACGAUGACUGCGACUACUACUGCCUGGCACAGGGACAGACUGUUGGCACUCUUGCUGAAUGCUUGAUCAAGGCUUCGGAGCCAGGCCAAGUCUGGUGCAACACCAAUGCCAAUGCCACGGCCACUGCAACAGCUACCGCUACCGGCACCGGAGUUGUGACUCUCGACAGCACUGCAACUGGAACAGGCUCGACGGCUUCCGGCACGUCGAGCAGUGCUACUUCGACUUCGACCUCGACCUCUGCUGGAAUUGUUGCUUCUCGUCCCCUGUCGAAGUCUGCUAUCGGCGUUGUCGGUAUUCUGCUGGCUGGAUCUGCUGCGGGCCUUUUCCUUUGA